GCCACAAUCCUGAGCGAACGCACAGAGAGAGAGAAAAAAAAGAAUUGCUCCAAUCCAGAAGCCGGAAAGAGCAGAAGAAUCCGGAGGCAGCUCCAGGAUUGUGGGCGAUGCUGCGCGCGGGAGGCAGGCGGCUCCUCGCCCCGGGGCUCCGGCGGCUCGGCUUUGGCGCCGCCGGCGAGGCGGGCCCGGCCGCGGCGGCGGCCGGGGUUAGGGCGUACCACGAGAGGGUGGUGGACCACUACAACAACCCGCGGAACGUCGGGUCGUUCGACAAGGACGACCCCAACGUCGGCACCGGGCUCGUCGGCGCGCCGGCCUGCGGCGACGUCAUGAAGAUGCAGAUCCGCGUCGACGAGGACUCUGGCAAGAUCGUCGACGCCUGCUUCAAGACCUUCGGCUGCGGCUCCGCCAUAGCGUCGUCAUCCGUUGCUACUGAAUGGGUGAAGGGAAAACCAAUGGAUGAAGUUUUGACUAUCAAGAACACUGAGAUUGCAAAGCACUUGUCGCUUCCACCAGUAAAGCUCCACUGCAGCAUGCUUGCGGAGGAUGCGAUUAAGGCUGCUGUGAAAGACUAUGAAGCCAAGAAGGCAAAGAUGGGGCAAAAGGGCGAAGACAGCCCUUCCGAGAAGGCUGCUGAAGCAUGAACGUGAAGUUUCUGCCGUGAAGACACGGAACUGAUAUAUUUCAAUUCCCGAAUCCCCUGUUGUGCAUCUCCAAAGAUAAAUGCUACUGUCCGUAAGGUGGGGAUUGCGUGCAAUGUUCACAAACUCUGGUACUGCAGCAUGUAUCAUAAGUCGAGGAUGGAGACGAACAAUUUCAAAUAAAACUGCUGCCAUCUUAGAAAAGAGUAUGUUCAUGUACAAGAGCUGUGUCUGGAAGUGUUGUUUGGCCGCACGUUACUUAUGUACAAGUAGUCAUGUUUUGGGGGUGCAGAAUGCUACUACGUAAUUGCGUAAUGUUCUCUUUACUUCUGGGACAGCUACCGUUUGAUCAAUUCGAGUCUUUGUUCAACUA